AUGCGGUGGUUCCUACUAGUAUGCUUAGUGGGGGUUGCAAGCGGACAUCCCGCCGAGGCACCGAAAGAGGGGGAAAAGGGCUUCAUUGACUGGAUAAACAGUAUUUUGGGAACCCCCACCACCACCACGCUGCGUCCUACACAGGACCCUCCGGAUGACUGCCCGUCUUGCCAAUGCGGCGUACCGACACGCUCGCGCAUCGUCGGCGGCUACGAGACCAAGGUCCUGGAGCUGCCCUGGAUGGCGGCGCUCAUGUACAACGGCCGCUUCUACUGCGGCGGCUCGCUCAUCAACGACUUCUACAUCUUGACCGCCGCCCACUGCACGAGCGGAUUCCGCAAGGAGAGAAUAACCGUGCGUUUGCUAGAGCACGACCGCUCCAUGCCCAACGAGACGAAGACCAUAGACCGCGGCGUGCAGGCCAUCAUCCGCCACCUGCGCUACAACCCGGGCACCUACGACAACGACAUCGCCUUGCUGAAGCUUGAUCAGAGGGUAGAUCUGAGCAAAGCCGUGAAACGUCUGCGCAACGAUCCCGAGAGCUCAGGCGAGGAGGGCAACGACGAGGAGGAUCUGCCGGGGCUGCGGCCCGUCUGUCUCGCAAGUCCGGGCCUGUCCUACUCCAACUACUCAGGGCUGGCCUCCGGCUGGGGCACCACUACGGAGGGCGGAUCCGUCUCUAAUUCCUUGCAGGAGGUGUCCGUGCCUAUAAUCUCGAACGCAGAGUGCCGAAAGACGGCAUACAAGCAGCGAAUCACGGACAACAUGCUAUGCGCAGGUGAACCCGAGGGUGGGCGGGACGCCUGCCAAGGCGACUCAGGCGGCCCGCUGCACAUCCUCAACACGGACAACAACGUUCUGCAGGAAGUCGGUAUCGUGUCGUGGGGCGAGGGCUGCGCGCGGCCAGACCGGCCCGGCGUGUAUACGCGCGUCAACCGCUACCUCACCUGGAUACGCAGCAAUACGCGCGACGCCUGCUAUUGCACGGACUAGUUUGCAUACCUACCAAGUCCAUCUGAGAGGACAUGACAAAUAAACAAUCUAACCUUGGAGGAAAUAUCCUCAUGUCUCAUAAACAUCAGUGAUAAAGUAAAUGUAAGAAAUCCUUAAU